AUGAAAAUACACAAAACAAGAUCUGAAAAUCAAAAAAUACUCAAUGGUAAAGAAAACCCAAAUGAAGCUAAAAAGACCUUAGAAACUCUUAAACCACCUAAUAAUAACAAUAAUACUGAUACCAGAGACUGGCACAAGAUUGAAAGUUCUGAAAAAUCUUCUGAUCUGAAGCAGACUGAAAGUUCAUCACAUAACAUAUAUGAACUUGAAGAUAUCCAGAGGGCACAAAUAGAAGGGGAAACAUUUAACUUUAAUCAAGAAAGGGUUACUAAUAAAAAGACUUACUUUGAAGAAAGUCAAACACACAUAUCUCAUAAAUAG